GAAAGAGAAAGGAAUGGCAGCGCGGCGCCCGGCGUCAGUCAGUACUCAACAGCCAUGUGGACAGCACUGGUCAUCGCGGCGCUGGCGCUAGCCAAUGGUGCCCAUGGGUACAACGUCGACGUGGUGGUGCCAGCCAGCCCGGCGUACGGCUCCACGGUCAACCUGGAGGCCAACUACCAGAUGGGCCCAGGCGAAUACAUCCAGGACAUGACGUGGACCAAGGACGGACAAGUCUUUAUGACAUACAGCCAGAGGCCCGACAAUGUCUUCUCCUGGAGGACUCUCCGAGGCGUUGAUAUCAACCGCGACGCCUCGUCGCCGUCCCUGGUCGUGCUGAAUAACGUGGAUGACUCCGCGUCUGGCUCGUACGGAGUCAGCAUGAUCAUCGCUUCGGGAUCGGUCGGGAGCAUCAGCACCAGCACCUACAACUACGCGCAGGAUAUGCUCGUUGGAGGCGGCAACGCACUCGGCGAGCGCUUCAACAGCCGACGUCCCGGCGGCGGCAGCGUCGGCGGCACCACCACCACCAUCGUGCAGCACAGCUCGAGUGCCGGCAGCGGCCCGGCUGUCGACCCGCUGGGGAGCCGGUUCGGUGGCGGCGCCGCGGCGGCCCCUGCGGCUCCGGCCGCGGCCGCCGUACCGGCCGCCGGCCUGGCCAACGCCAUCGAACAGCUGCAAAACGCGCAGAACAAGCUGGCCAACGCGCUGAACGCCGCGCUCGGCUGAGGGGCUUCGCUUGUCCGAGCGCUCGGCGGAGGGGCUUCGCCAGUCCAGGCGCUCGGCGGAGGGGCUUCGCCAGUCCAGGCGUUCGGCGGAGGGGCUUCGUCAAUCCGGGCGCUCGGCGGAAGCGGAAGCUGGGAGGGCGUCUGGAGGCCGCUGCCGACAGGUGCUAUUGUCGGCGGUGUGUCGUCACCGCUUAGAUUGGAAAAGCAGGCUGACAAUCUUACCCCAGUCACAGCGCAGGGCUUCUAAAAAGCGCUUUGUGUUAGUGAACGCUGAUUAAUGCGCCUAGAAAACAUUUUAAUGCCACGCAUUACACGCGGUGUCAUUGUGUUGUUCCACCGAAGGACGAUCGGUUGACGAUCGGUUCACUUAUGGCGGUCUGAAGCGAGUUGCUUUAGGACAUUUUGAUUUAGGCGCACUGUUAUUGAACGAGAAAUAAAUGAACCGUACCGUUGUCA